CACCGAGCAGAGCAGUUCUGUCUUGGCGUGCAUCGCAGCGACUCGACUCAGUGAAACACUAUCGCACGCUGUUGGUUACCACCACGAGCAUACACAAACCACUGCUGGCUAACACCGGUUGAUUAGCGCUCAGGGAAAUCCCUCUCCGACAGAAACCUGUUCGCCGCGGAGCAUCGUCAUCGAGUGUGACAAGGCGGUGGAGCAGCACUGGUACGUAGCCCGCUGGAAAGGUCAACAAAAAAAAAACCCAUCGCUCGCGCUAUCGUUCGAUACGGAAACUGAGCUGGUUGUAUCUUCUGUGUUUGGAUGUGCUUUGGAAGUUUUCGUCAUAAAUUGACCAUCGUUUAGUGAGCAUCAUGGAUCUUCAUUUAGCCUCUGGCAAUCGUAAUUGGUGGAGGAGUGGUUUAUUGUGCGCAACCACCGUGUAUAUUCUGCUACAAACUGGCAAUUGCAGCCCUCAGCAGCAAGGAAUCGGUUCGCUAGACGUCAAUGCGUUCUUUAAUCCCCCAAAUUCUCAAAACCCAUACUACCCACCGCAAAACGUUUACAUUAAUGGAGCGCACGAAGUAUUGAAAUCACGCGUAGAUGUGUCGGAAAAUAUACAUUUCCCGGCGCAGGAGACCAAUCAGCCUCAACAUCAGCCAGAUCCACUGCCUUCGCGAAACCAACCACUAUCGGCUACUGCGCAGCGGGGGCAGCUUCAGGCAUUCCGACAACAAACAGACCGACCAAAUGGGCCGGGCGGUUCUGGAGCGCUGAAAUUCGCUUGGAGUAUGUUGAAGGCGGUCCUACUGCCGCAAAGCGGAAACAGCGUCAUUUGUCCAAUCUUGCCUCAGACCUUGCUAGCUAGUCUGAAUGACGUGGCUAGCCCGCAAGCUAGGAGGGAGCUUCAGUCGGCGCUCUUCGCCUCGCCAGAUGAACUGAAACCAUUGAUUCAAACGCAGUUGAAAGCAGUUAACCGCUCCUCAGAGAAUCUGUUGGACUACGCCAUGACCUACAUCACUGGCAAAGACUUGACCAUAAAUAGAGAAGUACGCGAAAAAGCGAUGCAAGAUGGUGUGGAAUUCCAGAAUGUGGACUUCCGCAAUGCGCAGGCUGCUGCCGCUACUGCCAAUCAGUGGGUGUCGACGAAAACCCGUGGUGUCAUCCGAGAAAUUCUCUCACCUGUAUCGUUGGACGGCUCCACUCGCCUUGUGAUGGCCAGCGUUAUCUAUUUCAAAGGAAAGUGGAAGUAUCAGUUUACCCAGACCAAAAACGAACCAUUCUUUGCACGUCCCAACCAGUCUCCUGUGCAAGUGCCAAUGAUGUAUCAGUUUAACAAAUUCCGGACUGGCGAGAUCGCUCUGCCGGGCAAUGACGGUAUAAGGUGGCUGGAGCUACCUUACGAAGGGACUAAUGGGUUGUCGAUGGUCGUGAUGCUUCCGCAAGCACCGUACCAGUUGGAACGAUCCAUUAACCAGAUGGGAGAAGCACAUCUGAAUGAAAUCAUGGAAGACAUAAACGUGCCUCGAGCAGUCACCAAGGUUCAUCUACGAUUGCCGCGUUUUGAGGUGUACAGUAGCGUUACCUUGGUUCCUACCCUCAAGAACCUGGGUCUUAGAGAGAUCUUCCUGAACAACCAGGCUCUGCGAGGGCUGUCCAAUGAGCCGCUGGUAGUGGAUGAUGUCACACAACGUACAUUCAUUUCGGUUGACGAAGAGGGUACUACCGCGACAUCAGCCGCCUCACUGUCCUUUGUAGCUCUCAGUGCAGCACCACCACCAGUGACAAUUAACUUUACUGUCGACCAACCAUUUGUCGUGAUGAUUGUAGAUAAAAUCAACAGGUAUCCUAUGUUUGUGGCCAAGGUUGAAUUACCGGCCUGAAGUACUGGAAACCGGUGCGGUAGAGCCAGAUUUGAUGGUGUAUAAUGUCGGUAUAACACGAAGGCGUAGAAAAUCUCUGUAAGCGAUACUAAGAAUCUAAAGUGGCAUAUCUGUGCUGGAUUGUUCCGCUUUUGCGAAGCAUAAAGUUAAAAAUUCUAAAGAAUCUUAAAAAUAAAUCGUGACAAAAUGAACUGAUAUAUUGAGCUAUUGUAAGCUGUUCUUUGGUGAUCGAGGUAAGACUACACAGCCGUCAUUGUUGGUUUUGUCUGUUGUAAGAUGUUCUCCUGUAAGUAGGCAAUCAUUCGAUUCGUGCUAAACCCGCAUGAAAAGAACUAAACUCAUUUCUAAAUUAUGUGUAUGUUUGCAAAACUGUAAAAAUGAAAUCACUGCCACUGACCGAUGUAACG